UCGCGAGUUUCGUAGCUCCGGCUGCUCCAAUCUAACACCAAUGAAUGUACUUCCAGGUAGCUUCCUUGUUGUCAUGUUUGAAAUCUGGUUAGUCAAGUUUUCAAAAAAGACAUGACAGUAACAUUGCCAAUUCGGCUAACAUAUCCCAGCUCAGAGACAGCUAAUCAGCUGAUUUAGCUCUAAGUGCUGCCUGAUAAUCUGGUUUUCCCUGCUUGGUUGUUUGAUGGAGAGGCUAAUAUCCAAACUCACAGGGAAACAUGUCCUUUUCACGGCUUCCUUCGCUAUCCGGCUGGCUUUGGUCGCUUAUGGAGACUACCAGGACAGGACCAUGGUGGUUAAGUACACUGAUAUUGACUACCAUGUGUUCACAGAUGCUGCAAGAUUCAUUACGAAGGGUGAGUCCCCGUACAACAGAUCAACCUACCGCUACACCCCUCUUCUAGCCUGGCUACUCACCCCCAACAUCUAUCUCAGCAUGGUGUUUGGCAAGAUCCUCUUCGUUGUAUGUGAUGUGCUGUCAGGACUGCUCAUCUACAGAAUCCUUUGCCUGCGAGGUCUGGGCUCUGAGACUGCACGUCGGGUUUCUUCUCUGUGGCUCCUCAACCCGCUGCCCAUGGGAGUAUCUAGCCGAGGGAACGCUGAGUCCAUCCUGGCAGCCCUGGUGCUGGGGACGUUACUCUGUAUGGAAGGCCGGCGUCUGAUGUGGGCAGCAAUGCUCUAUGGCUUGUCAGUCCAUAUGAAGAUCUACCCCAUUACAUAUGUCCUGCCCAUUGUUCUGACCCUGCGCACACCAGAGACCAGAGCAGGGCAAGACAAACAGAAGUGGAGGAAGUUCAUUGGGUUUUGUGGAAGUUUCCUCAACCGAGAGCUGUUCCUCUUUGCAAGUGUGGCCGGAGGAGUUUUCUGUAUCCUCACAGCAUUCUUCUAUUACAUGUAUGGUUGGGAGUUCCUUCACGAGACCUACUUGUACCAUCUAACAAGAAGGGACAUCAAACACAACUUCUCUCCUUACUUCUAUAUGCUCUACCUCACUGCAGACAGCAGGUGGAGCCAGUGGCUUGGCCUGGCAGCCUUCUUGCCGCAGCUCAUCCUGCUGUUGGUGGCAUCAUGGGCUUUUCACCGUGACCUGGCCUUCUGCUGUUUCCUGCACACCGCCAUCUUUGUUUCUUUCAACAAAGUCUGCACCUCACAGUACUUCCUGUGGUACCUGUGUUUACUCCCUCUGGUCAUCCCUCGCCUGAGUCUGUCACUAAAACAGGGAGUGGGACUGCUGCUCCUUUGGUUUGCUGGACAGGGUAUUUGGUUGGGCCCGGCCUACUUCCUGGAGUUUGAAGGCAACAACACCUUCCUGCUGAUCUGGCUGGCUGGAUUGCUCUUCUUGAUCAUCAACUGCUUCAUCUUGAUUCAGGUCAUAGCCCAUUACAAACCAACACACACUCCAAAGAGGCCGAAGGUUGAGUGAUACUCUAGUGAUGUGAAUGUGGAAGAAUUUCUCACUUUGAUUAAAGUUUCAGUAUUAAAAUUUAAAAGUUGUUCCAUAUUUCAAACCACUAAUUUAACUGAGAAGGACGGACUCUGGAUGAUUGUAGAAAAAUAAAGUUUGUAUUUUGUUAAA